GAAAUCGAAAGGGCUUAUCACGUGAUCAUGGCGGGGAUUUUCAGCUCAAGCUUUCAGUGUCAUUCGGCGUACUUUUCUGAUAUUUGACAAUAUUCAUAGGCAGUAUUUGCCGGCGUUAUCACAGAUUUUCUUUUCUAUAAUUGCUUGCGAGACCUCUGUGGUGAUCUGAAAGUGUUUCCUUUACAGAUAUGUCGCUGGAGGACCCGUUUUUCGUUGUCAAAGAGUAAGUGAACUAGCCAUCUAAAAAUGUGGAUUUUCAGGAUGUAUGUUUCCGUAAACAACGUUUGUCUGAUGAACGGGGGUAAAAUGAAGGAGAUUGAUUGGGUAAACUGUAGCACUUAUGGUCUGAAGACUGUGUAAUCUUUGCACACCACUGGUUUCUGUUUUAUGUUCAUCGAACGCUGUUUUUUUUUUUUCGAACAGCUGCUGUGUUCUGAGUACGUGUAAAUUCCUGUGAUUGAUUUCGGUGUGUUCGGUGUGUUCGGAAGUUAAGUUUGGCAAUAAAUCAGAUGUCAGUGGGGUAGAAGUUUGCAAUUUUACCUUUCCUAGCUUAUAUUUUUUGUGAUAUUAACCAUAGGUUUCUUAAAGACCGAUUAUAAUAAAAGCUUCCAUUGGGUACUUUUUAAAUACCUCUCAGUAUUUUUACAAUGUUGACGUGAUGUUGUUGGUACAUGUAUAUGUAAAUGAGCUGUCAGUUUCUAGAAAUAUUUUUAGAUGUCUGUCCUUACAUUACCAUUGUUGCUAUUAUUAACAAAUACUUCGAACCUUAAAGUAGGACUUAAAGUGCAAACAACAAUUGGACACUUGGAAAGCUGCUUUCCUAAUUUUUCUGAUUUGAAGUCAAUUCUUCUUGAUCAGAAUAGUUUUGCACUUUCUACAGGAGGUUUGUUUAGGAAGAUCUAAAUUUAGACUGAUUAAUAAAAAUGGAACACAUUAUUACUUUACUAAAAUCUGAAAAUGGAUCAAGAACGUAAAAUAUCCACACCCCUUGACCAGGGUUAUGAGAACACAUCUAGAAAUCUGCAAUAAAAUAGACCUGGCGAAGUGUAUUUAGCCACGUUACUUUCAUGAUCCAGGCUACAGCUCAUCUCUAUUUAGCAGUUAUCAGAUGCGGUAGACUGUGAGCAGUCUACAGAUGAGGCAGAGUAUGAUAUGAAGAAUUGUGCAGAUGAAUGACCUCCAAGAUCUGCAUAAUUGUUUUAUCAUUUUGUUAUUCAUUCAAAAUAUUUCCAACUGAAAAACAUGUUUAUCUUAAGCAAUGUAAAGUUCCCAUCUUCACAACUAUAGGAAGCUUAAGCAGCCAUGGUGAUGACGACAAGGUCAAAAAACCAUUGGUUUUAUGAGCAAAACAACAGCUGGGCAUGUGCAUCAUGCUUUUAGCACAUUUAUUUGACGUCCACUGCACAACAACAAUGCAAAACCUCCUAAUGCAACAUUUUGUGGGGGAUGUGAAGAUACGAUGAGAAAUGUUUUAUUUCUCUUUUUGUCCCUGGAUAAAGUCCUUGAGAAUUCAACUCCAGGAGAAACUGCCUGCAUUUGACAAAUUGAGUGGGUCCAAAUAGAUCCAAAUAGAAGUGAUAAAGUUGGAGAGGACAAAAAUUUAGUUUUUAGUGAUGCUUUCACUACCAUUUUCACUGCCACUUUCAUUGUCAUUGCUUAAGGUGGUCCGUUCCUAUUUAUAUGCGUGUUGGUUAUGUUUUUGAUUCGCGUUUUUCAGAAUGAAAGACUCAACCACUUUCUACGAUUUUUUGCAUCCUUAAUAAAUAAUAAUGGAACUUUAAAAAAAUGUUAUUUAUUUUCUUAUAGGUAUAAAAACUUUUGAGAUAUCGGCAUAUAAUUAAAACCUCAUUUUUACGAAAAAUGAAAAUAACUUCGAAAUCCCACGACAGAUUUUUCCCUAACUUCAGCAAAUAUGCCUGAGAGCUCUCUAGUUUUAUGUUUGCAAGUUUGAAGGCAAUCGUGACCGUAGAAAUCGCCCCACAAAAUGUUGGUCAAAUUUAAUGCUUAAAUGAUAGGCUAACACAUCUGUGAACGUAAACGCACAAAUUUAACGGUCCACAAUACUUAACAGUAAACAUAAAAGCACUCUUGUUACUUAUGAUGGCCUUUCUUUUUGUACAAUGACCUGAGGUGUGUAUUUACAUCAAGUAUUACUUUAUUUAUUUUACAGGGAGGUGCAAAAAGCAGUUAAUAAUGUUCAGACACUGUACAGGAGAUGGCAAGAUUUAUUAGAUAAUCCAAGAACUGUAGGCAAAGAUGAAUAUAACUGGACAACAAAUGAACUACGUAACAAUCUGAGGAGUAUUGAAUGGGAUUUGGAAGAUCUGGAUGAAACAGUAGGGAUUGUUGAAGCAAACCCAAGAAAAUUUAACAUUGACAUCUCAGAAGUAAAUCAGAGAAAGCAAUUUAUAAAACAGACAAGGGACAGUGUGAAUAAUAUUAAAGAGCACAUGAACAGCCCUUCAGCUAAAGCAAAAGUUGAGAAUUCAUCAAGAGAUGUAAGCUACUUUUAUUACUUUUCAUGAGGUUAAAAAAGUAUUGAACCUUUUUAUAUACUUCUGUGGUAAACUCUAGUUUGGAUUAAAAAAAUUAUUGGGUAGAAAUUUGGGAUCAUUUUACGUUUCUGGGAAACUGCCCACCUACCCCUCCCCUAAGCCAACAUUUUGCCCUAAGUGAGAAUUAAGUAUUAAUGUUAGCUCAGGGGAGGGAUAGGUGGGCAGUUUCCCAGAAACGUAUAAUGAUCCGAAAUUUGCUGUUGUCUACUAAAAUGUUCCAAACAAUAUUCGAUCAGUACAUUAUUAAUGGAAAGGCCAUGAGAAGUGGUUAAUGAUAAUGUUUUUAUCUCUUAUCAUGUAAUUAUCCUAAUUAAUUUUCAAGGGGGCUGUUUAUAUAGUACUAGAAUGACUUUCAUGAGUUUCGUUCCAGAAUGAAGUUCACCAUGAAAUACCAUAAAAUUCUGAAAAUAAGCCCUGGGGCUUAUAUUUUUCAAAGGCCCUUUCUGAGGGGAUUAUAUUUGGAGGGGCUUAUCUACCGAGCUAUGGAGGAAAAUUUGCAUUUCAAAUCAAUAGGGCUAGCCUUAUAGUUGGGAGUAAAUUUACCGUUUUUGCUUUGUUUUUCUUUGUAUAUGAGGGCAAUUUUUCGAGUACAGGCCCCCGGGGGGCUUAUAUUUGGAGGGGCGAUUUAAUGGAGGGUUUUUUGCGUUACCGGUCUUGGGGGCUUAUAUUUGGAGGGGCUUAUAUAUGGAGGGGCUUAUUUUUGGAAUUUUAUGGUAGACCAGUUCAGCCUAAGGCAUUCUGGCUUGCAUGGUUUUCAGGCCAGAUCACAUACACAUGGGCCACUUGCCCCAAACUACUCAAUUUGUGAUUUCCAAUCUGGAGCAAAGCUUGUUUUCAGUUUACAUUAUUGAUAAUCGAAUAAAAUUUCACACCAGGAUGAGAAUUUUAUUCUGAUUGAAAGCAGGAAUGAACUUGUUCCAGAAUUAAAGUCCUUAGGGUAUCAUGUGAAUAGCCCCGGCUAAGAAAAUGUAUGAAGAUUAGUCUGGAGAAUUUGCAUUUGGAUAUUGGGGUCCGCAUAACACAGUAGAUUUUUUUCCAAUCAUUCCAACCAGUGUAGCCUCGUGUAAAUAUUAAUACUAUCAUUAUUGUAUUUCAAGGCACUUCUUGGAAGAAGAAAUGACAAACCAACAGACAGAUACUCUAGGCUGGAUAAAGAACUUGAAAACUCAAAUCAGUCUUUUAUAACAGACCAACAGCAGCAGCAAGAGGUAAUACUACACUUUCAUAACCAUGGUCAAGUUAGCUCAGUUGGAGAAGUGCCAAUCUACUGAGCGGUAUAGUCUAGAUUAGCCCUGACCAUACUUCCAACCAAACUACUAAUUCCUGGCAGCUCUGAUUAAGGCUAUAUGUUCACACUAUACCGGAUACAUUUGGCUUUUGCUUUGCACAAAAAUCAUACCAUACAGGGUUUCUGUUCACACAUAGGAAUCGUGAUUUCGUCGUGAUUUCUGUAACAAAGCUGCACUGAUCUCAAAAGUGGAGCAUUACAAAUUGGAUAGGUUCUAUGCUACACUUUGUUGCAGUGUGAACAAGUAUUCUGAGCAUAGCGGAAGUGAAUGAGACUAGUAUGAAAAACUACUGGAACUCACUGAGACGGAAGCAAAUAUCCAGGAGUGAGGACUGGGAUUUAGUUCACCAAACCCUCUUGGCCAACCGCUCCAGCACAAUGUUCAAUGUGUUUAAACAACUUGUUCCAGUUUAGUGCCGUCACUGUUCAUUCUAUACAAGAGAGUUUUUGAGGUGGUAUGAAAAGCUAUCCAGCAGAGUGUGAAAAUAGCCUUAGACCUUGACUCACAGUGACAGGUGAUCACAUCAUUGAGUGGUUAGCCAUUGGCUUUUUCUUCUUAAUUUGGAAUGCAACAGCAACCACACUUCCAUGGUGUGGCUUAUCGUCUUCUUGGUUGUUUAAGAAAGGAACUGUUUCUGUCCCUCAUUAAUUAGCACAAGCUGUUGAGGUGCCCCUGCCAUAUCUGGCAAAUUUACCAGGGUUAUAAAGUUUAGUAAGAUUCACUACCUGUCUCUGUUAGAAUGUUUGAAGUUAGUCAUUGCUGAUCCUAGUGUAAGUCCCCUAUUCAGCACCCCUCUCCAAUGAAACUGCUUCAGGACUAUUUAAGGCUCUUCCUUUUCAAGCCACCUUUUUUUCCUUUGCACCAAAUUUAUUACUGUAAUCUGAGACAGAGAGAGGCUACAAAAAGGCCUGAAUUGGUACAAAUAGUUAUGGUGAGUCCUGGGACUCAUCUUGUGAAAAAUCAUGAGUCCCUGUCCAAAACCACUGAGUCCCAGUUCAAAAAACAAUGUGUCCCAGGGUCUUUUGUAACCACACAGUUAGUCUGAAGACAGACUCCAAACUCUGUAUUACAGUUUACUGAAAUAAAAAUAUACUCCUUCUAUUGUAAAGCACAACAAAGACUAAAAGAAAUAAUGGUCGUUUAACAACAGCCACAAGAACAGCCACAGAAAUCACACAAACAGGAUACAUUGUGUAUUCUACAAAAACCAUCUUCAGAUCAAUCAAUCCAUCUUUGCGUCCUGCGGGAUGCAUGCCACAAAUUAUUUUAUGUCUUUGGGGAUUUUUAUGCAUCAGGGAUCAGUGUUCUCCUUAUCAAGUGGUAACUGAUUAAAUUUACCACUUGAAGCAACACUUCUUACAACCUGCAGCAGCCUGAAGGUUUACUAAAAUUAAAGAAGUACUUUAACAAAAUACACAAGUUGUGAUCCGAUCCAAUUCUCACUUGCCACAAGGAAUGAAUAUACGUUUGACUGAUUUGUGGAAAAUAGGUCUUGUAAUGAGGGAAUAAUGUUUCAGAGAACUGAGCUCCUAAAUUUCCCAGCAAGGGUGGGACCAUGUUCUUCACUCCACUAUCCCCCUGUCCCCAGGAAAGUGCACCUCUGGUGCAUAUUUUUGGUCUUACCGGCUAUGAAUGGUUCCUCACCUGCAGGGGCUGAGCUAAAACUUAGGGAGAACACUGCAGGGAUGCAGGACGCAGAGGCAACAAAAUACUGUUUCAUCAGUAUCAUGUUGCUGUUUCGCCAUGUCACUUUGCAUGUUACAUAGAAUGUUAUUGUUAUUAACAGAUUAUGUUGUUUUCUCUUGAUUUGUUUUAAGUUAAUGAUACAAGCACAAGAUGACCAAUUGGAUAUGGUAGGGCAUAGUGUUGGCGUGCUGAAGACAAUGGGAAAGAGAAUUGGUGAUGAAAUUGAAGAGCAAAAUUUGUAAGUUCUUUUGCAAAGAAAGCAAAUUGUUUUUUUGUUUGCUUAUUUAAAGAGUGUAUUGCUAUGGAGUAAGUAAGAGUGAAGUGGCUUCUUUCAUACAAAGGGAAAUGAAAAGAAAAAGCAAUUCAAUAAUUUAAAGGAGCCUAAUUUGUGUAACUUACUAUGUGCUCUCAGGAACUGUAGUUGUCUUAAUUUGCCUUGUGGAGAAUGCAUUAGGGUUUGCGGUUUCUCAGGGCCCAGUUGUUCGAAGGUCGAUUAGAGCAAAUCUUCUCAGUUUUGCUCAAAAGCAUUUUUUGGGAUACUUUUCUGCUAUCCUAUGAAUUCAGUUAACUCAGCUUGAACAUCCUGGCUCUGCUGUGUAAAAACUUGAAAUGAUUUUAAAAUUCAAAGGUUUUAUAGAGAAGUUACAGACACUGUAACUGUGUGAAAACCUUUCCUUUGAAAUAAAACCCUACUUUUCUGUCACACGAGGCAAACCAAACAAGUGAAUAAGUUGUUUUUCCAAGAACCAUUUUCUGUGGCAUUGCCGUUGUUGUUGAAGGGAGGUAGCUGCAAAAAUCUACUAAUAAGAAAACAUUAACACUGAAUAAGCUAACACUGAUAUAUUUUCAACUCAAGUCUCAUGAUAGUUGAUCUGAAUCUUUUUAGAAUCUUAGACGAUUUUGGACAUGAAUUAGAAAUGACAGACUCGAAGUUGCAACAAACAGUUCUCAAAGUGGAAAAAGUUCUCAGACUGUCUGAUGGUAGGAGACUUGUUUUUUGCUUUAAUUCAUUAAAACCUUUAUUGCUCAUGACCACUCUUGUGCAACCACGAUUUUUUGGAAACCAGUUUUUAUUGUGUUAUUGCUAUCUAUAGCACUAUCCAUCUUUUGACCAACCGGGGCCAGAUGAGAAAACAUGUUAAGCAGUUUCUUGACAGCAUGAGGUGAAAUGACAGUGAAAUGAGCUGUAAACGAAGAUCUUAGCCUGUUUAUUUUAAUCUGAUCAUGUUUACAUGAUAGGUGGGGUGACCUAUCCUGACGGGUUGCCCUGUCUGCCAGACCGGGUAACCCUCACAACCGGGGUCAAAUUUUCCCAUCAGAACGUUUCAAGGUGGGGUAACCCGCCUCGCCGGGAUUACAUCAAUUUCUUUGCAUCAUUAAAAGUGAAAGCCUCAGCACUGAAAGGUCACAACAAAAGCAGCAACUGAGAGUUGAAGAGCGUUAACCGCCAAAACACGUCUUUUGCUUGGAUAAGCUGAUUACCUCACCAACCUGGGUUUCCCCACUUCCAUGUGAUCUGGCCGUACGUUUGGUUAGCUUGGCUAUCAGAAGCAGAAGUCAUUUUGGUAAAAAUGGUAACUUAGACGGAGGCUAUACAUUUCAACUGUACUUUCUGUUUGUUCCAUUGCAGAUAAGAGGCAAACCUGUGUACUUGUGGCAUUAAUUGUAAUCAUGAUCGUUGUUAUAAUUUUAUUCGUAGCGUUAUGAUUGAAAAGGCAUAAAUGUUUAGGUAUAUUUAUGUUCGCUUAAAAUCGGGAUCCAUUUCCAUUUAAAAGGGGCACUCAUCGAGCAAUGAAAUUGAAACCGAGCUCUGAGCUCAAGGUUCAAUAUUUAGGUUCGCCGUCCAAUAAAGCAGAGGUUAUUUGUUUUAUUUCUUUUUCUUUUUCUGUCAUUCUAAUGGCGAUAAUAUUGGACCUCUGAUAACAAAAACAGACAAAAGUAAUUGACACCCGCCAGUGACAAGUACAAAGCCAUGGCCUUUCUACCUUUUGACCGAAGCGUUAAAGUACAAAACUCAACUUUUGGCUGGGUUCAAAAUUUAUUGCUUGUUACUGGCAACGUGGCCCCCUUUUUAAUCAUUUUGAGAGGUAAGACUAAAAAUUAUUUCAGUAUUUAAUUGAUACUUAACAUACAGUUUACAUCUCUCUGGAGUCAUGAUUUAAGAAUUAUUAAUACAUGUACAAACCGUAACGGUGGAAGUGUCACGUUAAUAUGUAUACACCUGAUUGAAAAAACAUUGUUUGAAAAGUAUAAACCAUAUGAACCAUAGGACCUAAUGGAUCUAUGUGUAGAACUUUAUUAGCAUUGCAGAUUUAGAGUUCUUUCCAGAAACGUUUACGUUACUGAAGCUUUUCGCGACGAUGCAUUCCGAAGAAAGGUCCGACGAUUCCCAGUUUUCUUAGUGAUAAGCCCACAACCUCAAAUGUGUAGCGCAGGGCACAUCAGAAAUCUCUACAGUUAAACAGCGUAGCCAUCUUGCUAACGCACGCUUGAAAAUCAUAAUAUAGGACCUAAAAGCUGUCUUGGAAGACAAAAAAAGACAACGGCAUGCUUUAAACAAAGUACUCUAGGGAUUUGCAUCCGCACGAGCAGCUCGUAACAGUGUAAACUUUUUUGAAAGAACUUUGAAUUUGCUUUGCUAAUGAUCAUAUGCCCAUCAAUCCUUGAAGCCUCAUCGAUCAUGCACCGCCGUAGCCAGUACGAGGCGAACCGAGGCACUCUCCUCGGUAAAAUUUUAUCAAAUAUUGUCGAUUUUUAUUUUUUUUAUCAGACUGAUAAUAUUAGAAGAUUUCCUCAUCGGUCGCCUCGGUUGUGGUUUUUACACUUUUUAAGCGACAACUUUUUUUCAACCAUGUAUACAAGGCUAUGUUCACGCUGUACCGGAUAGAUUUUGCCCGGGCAUAAAAACCAUACCGGAUAUUGCUUCUGUUCAGGCAUAACGGUUAUUUUGGCGCGAUUUUUGUGACGGAGAGAAGCUGCGCCACGCCGAUCUCUAAAGUGGAGAGUCACGUAUAGAAAAGGUAUUCACACCAUAGCGAAAAGCUUUUGGUGGCGGCAUGAAAAGCUGUCCGCUUUAGUAUGAACAUAUCCUAAGAAGAACACUUCCGUAGCCUUGAUUUAUGUGACAAAAUUACCGUCUUUAACUUACAAUUGGAAAAUGUUAAAGAAAUUCAGGGGUUUCAAUAAACACCGACGCUCGUAGAAACUCGUGGGCUACUUUGCUCAGAGAAGUCGGCUACCUUUUUUUCUAGAAAGAAAAAGCAACUGGUGUGAAUAAACGUAAUUAUGAUGUUUUCAUAAAGGCCCACUGGUUUAUGCUUUAAUCAUGUGAACGCCAUAUUUUAGUCAUGUUUUCACAAGUUUUUGUAUAGGUUUACGCAGAAUUUGUUUACGCGCGAAAGUACUUUAAUUAUCUAGUUUUUAUUAUUUGUUCAGGAAUUGAUUGUGUGGCGGAUAGUUCGAAAGUUGAAUGAAAGCUAUAUUUUCUUGAAUGAAAAA